AUGCUUAAGGAAGUGAAAGUGGGAGGUUGGUGUAGAUUUCCGAUGUGGGACUCUGUGCAAGUCGCCGCGGUGGUGACACGUGUCACGAGAAUUAGGAGAGAAGGCGUGUCUGCCUUGGUGCUAGUUGUUUUGAGACUGGAUAUGCUCGGUUGA